AUGACCGACCAGAUUCCUACACUCUCCGAGUCUCGCAUCGCCCAUGUGUUCAAAUACGCCACCUCCAGAUUCACUGCUAUCCAUAUCGCUCAGAUGACAGAGCAGAACCCAUCAAGCGCUUACCGGCAUUCAUUUGUUCAACACCUGAUCUGGGAAGUGGAUAACUGUCCACCUGACAAUGUUGGCAAUGCAAUAUCUGGCUAUCGCGUUGUUCCAAGAUACCGGCACUGUUGGUGGACGGCCACAUUCCAUUAUUUUCCUAUGCAAAUGCCUCUGUGGUUCUCAGUAGCCGAGGUGAAGGACCUAACGGCUGAGCACUUCACACAGCGGCCUGCCUUGGGGUUGAUGAUGCCUGAACCAAUCAUCCACCCACACAGUGAGGACCCACUGCUUCAACAACUUCAAGUGCUCCAGACUGAAGUCGCCCGACUCGGUCUCGACCUUGGCCAACUCCUUGUCAGUAAGCUUGAGGUCACUGGAGCAGCGGUGGAUGCAAUGAAUCGGCUGGAGCAGCCAGUAGACGAGGUCCGUGUGGCAAUGGCAGCAUCCCAUGCGGCCAUGGCCAUAUUGGAGCAGGAUUACAACAAUGGUCGGAUAGGAACAUCACCUCGUGGAGAUCCAUUCCCUGAGUUACAUCCCUUUCCUAUCUCCAGCACCUAUGAAAAUAUUACAAUGGGUUGA